CCUCUAUCCAUAUAGUUUAUUCUACUAAUUUAGAGCUGACAUAUCGUAUACUAAUUCAAAAAUCGAUGGAAGGAUAUUUUUGAAAACAAAUACAUAAUAAUUAUCAUUAUGGGGAAUAUUCCGAUAAAAUAAUGUGUGCAUAAAUAGUGUUACAACAGGAACAUAUAAAUAUAAAUAUUGACACAUUGGAGUGGAACAGCGUUUUGUUUACCUACAAUUCAAUAAGGCGUGAAAUAUACACCCAUCUUCUGUGUGAAAUUUUAAAUAAUAUAGGAUUUAUAAUAUGUGUACAUCAAAUUUUAAUAGGCAACUGUGAAGUGUGUAUCAUAAAUGUUGAAGAACGAAUUUUAUUUCCGUAUUUAAAUAUCUGUUUGAUAAUGACCGUUCACGGACAUCAAGAAAAGCCCAAUACACAUCAAAAUGGAUUUGUUAGUAAAAUGGUUUACCCUGAUAGUGAAACAAUGAUGAACCGAUCUUGGAAUGGAUACAUGUUUCAUGUUUCUCCUCUUAGUUUGCCCAACGGGAAUAUUGCAACUCCCCAGAAAGCACAUGGACCACCAAAAUUUAGUAAUGAAAUGCGAGCCAACUUUUCAUUGAGUUACGAUGGGGAUGAAUCUUCGCAAUUUGACAGUUUGGAUUCAGAAACUGAAUACGUCACUUUAGACAAUAAUUAUUUCUUGAGAACUUUUUCUCCUCCUUCUAGACAUUUAUCUAUUUUGGAUUUUAAACGAAAUGAAUUGAACAAUACUAAAACAAAUAGUCUGACAAGACAAUCACAUACACAAUCAUUGAUUAGUGUUAAAUCGCCAUUAAAAGAUAGGAAAUGGCAGAAAAAAAGUUUGCGAAAACUUGCAACAAACAUUGGUGCUGUUUUAAGUUUGAGUCCUAGAGGAGAGAGUCUCAAACGAUUCCCAGAAGAAUAUGUGCCGGCGAAGAGAGAGCGAAGCAAGUCAGUUGGGGAUAUAGUUGAGGAUGCAAAAUAUAAAAGAGAGGAUAGCAUUGAACUUUGUUUAAGUGAUGAUGAUGACAAUGAUGAUUUCGGAUUUAUAAAUUAUCCAAAAUGUUCUUCUUCUCUUUCUUUAGCGAUGAACAAGACCAAGUCACCAUCUUCCACGCACAAAAUUCUUCCAAAAAGAUUUCGCAGCAAAACACGGCCAGUCCCUGUUGUUAAUACCACGUUAUGGAGCCCCGAGGGUAACUGCUGUUGGUGCAAUGUAAGUGGAAGAAAAGUAGUUCUUAAACCAUCCAGUUUACUUCAGUUAACGAAUGCCGAGAGACUUGCCUUACAGAAAAUAGUGCUAUCAAAACUUCAGGCGUUGGACCUUGGCUGUUCGAUCACAAUUCCAAAAGAGUCACCUGAUACUAAGCGAAAACGAAAAGUUCUAGCGUUUAAGAAAUCCCAUUCAGCAAACCUUGGUGCCUUAAUAGAUAAAAUCCAUGAUACUAAAGACAAGGAAAAUAAAGAUUCCCAGCCAGUUGGGCUUGUGUUCGGAAUACCUCUUGCAAAGUGCAUCGCUAAUGACAAUGAACUUCGAAAAAGACGAGCGGCAACGAAAGAAAAAGCAAAUGAUGGGGACAUUGUGAUAACUAGAAGAGAUCAAAGGAAAUCCAGUAGUUCAUCUCAUGGUUCACUUGACAACUACACGCAAAAUGGUGGUUCAACAUUGUCACCAGAUAAACUCACCCGGUGUGCUGCAAGUUCAGAUUCGCUAUCAGAAUCGGAUUGCAGCCGACAUACAACUAAUUCAAGUCUGGUAGAUGCUCUGUCAUUGUCUACGUCAUCACGACAGGGGAGUUUACUCACAGAUACCUUGCCAAAUGUGUCUUCAGAUAGUCCACAAGUGCCACAUAUAGUCAAUGUUUGUUUUAAACAUAUAGAAACUUAUGGAUUACGGGUAUUGGGAAUUUUUAGAGUUGGUGCUUCUAAAAAACGUGUGAAACAGAUUCGAGAUGAAUUUGACAGUGGAAAGGACGUACAUUUGGACGAAUCUCACAGUCCACAUGAUGUUGGGGCUUUACUCAAAGUGUAUUUCCGUGAUUUACCAGACCCAUUACUCACGAGAGAUUUAUAUACCCCAUUUGUUGCAACGAGAAAACUUUCUUCACGAGAAAAUCAGUCGGCUGCAAUGCAAUAUCUAGUCGCUUUACUUCCAACAUCGAGUAGAGAUACUCUACAGUCAUUGCUGAAUUUUCUAGCCAAAGUUGUUCAACAUUCCACAGACACUCUCGACGCAGAUGGAGAAACGCUUCCUGGAAACAAGAUGGAUGCACACAAUCUUGCCACUCUGUUCGGUCCUAAUAUACUGCGGAAAACUAAGGGAUCAGAAAAGGAGUUUAAUGUAGAGAGUGUAGAAAGAUUAGAAGAAAGUAAAGAAGUUAUCGAAGUAGUCAAGGAUAUGAUAGAGAACUAUGAUAAAAUGUUUGAGGUUCCUGCUUUAUUGAGAGAUGAGGUUUUACGGUUGCUAUUGGAGACCGACCCAGAUACAGCUGAUCACCUUUUGAAAUCUUUCGGAAGUGAUGUCAGUAUUGAACCUGAUCCAGAUACAACUUCAAGUAGUAUUUACGAUGACAGCGACACAGCCUCGAUUCCACGAUCUCCGUGUAGUGAAGCAGAACUUAAUCCACAAAGACAAUAUGAUCACACACCUUUACGAAAUUCCAAAAGUGAAGAGGUCAUGACACCCAGAACGAGGCGGAGGUUUUUCUUUUUAUCAGGAAACGAUAAUAAAACAGAGAAGAAUGACAAUAAUAAUACUGAAAAAGAACGGCCUCAAUUUCGGCUUGAUAGAAGUCCUAGUCCGCAACCUUUAAGAACUCCAAGGUCAGCAAGACCUCCCAAGGUUAAAAUAACAAAAGAAACAUCUAGUCCAGCCGUUGUGCGAAGGCAUCGAUCAAAUAUAACAGAUAGACCUCAGUCAGAAAAUUUAAGUAAUUGUCUUGCCAUUCCGAAACCUCAGUAUUCGCGGCAACUCAGUACUUCUGCAAUAAACAGUAAUACAAAUACCUCUGCUGAUGAAAAUCCAGUCAGUGGCGAGGGUGGACAGUGGCUUCAGCCAUCAACGCCGUCAACACCAUCAACGGCAGGCAGUACACCACGAACGCCCAGAGCUUUUUCAUCGAGGCAUAGGCCUCUUGGACUUGGAGGAAUUCCUAGAAUGCCAAGGACACCAUUUGCUAAUUCUGAAUGGGAAAGAGAACGAUGGCGUCAAUGGGAGCUUUUAGCCAAGGAAAAUGUUGAUGAAAAAUAUGAAAAGGAGACGCUUGUUUGAUCUAUUGAUUUGUUCGUAUAUUUAUUUAUAUUACCAUAAAUGUUCUAGACAGACACAGAGUGCAUUUGUUAAAAUAUCAAUCAAGAACAGUUAUUAAUAAUUGGACAUGUUAUUUAUUUGUUAACUAUUCAUUUGGGGGGAUUCACAGGCAGUUAUAUAAAAUAGAAUAAAAUUAUAUUAUUAUA